AUGGCUCUGGACAGUGAGCGGAGCGAUCUGCUGUUGAAAACGCUGCAGGAUUUGGGGAAGGACGACUUCAAGGAAUUCAAGUUUUUUUCGAACCUGCCUCAAAGCGUACAAGAAAACCCCUGCCGGGUGAACAUUGCUAACGCGCUGGUGAAGAAGCAUGGCGAGAACACUCUGGAGGAGACCAUCAAGAUUCUGGAAAAGAUGAGUAACAAGAACUUGGCCGAGAAGUUGCGUCGCAACGUGCUGGAAAUAAAAGGCCCCGACUUCUUUGUUCCCGAGGGCAACACCGAGCGCAGGCAGCAGCAGCCUCUGGCGAACCUGGACGUCACCUACGGGGCCCACGUCAGGCCCGACGAGCGACACGAGGUGCUUCAGAUGGAGACGUGUGCCGCCGCGGCCAAGAACUCUAUCCUGCCGUGCGACAUCUUCAAAAGCCAUGACGGGCAGCCGCGACCGAUACGCACGCUGCUCACCGUCGGCUUCGCGGGAAUCGGGAAAACCUUCCUGGUUCAAAAGUUUGUGUGCGACUGGGCCAGCGGCAAUACCAACCAGGACGUGCACUUCAUAUUUCCUUUCACAUUCCGUGAGUUGAACACGGACAAAGGGAAAAGUUUUACGCUUGCUGAGCUUAUCCGUCGCUACGUCUGCGGGAGCAGACACAUCAGCGAGGAGACUCUGAACAUUAUAUUAGAUGACCUGCAGAAGUCCGGGAAACAGGACUAUGAAAGCAGCAGGAUCAAGAUCUUGUUUGUCUUGGAUGGACUGGAUGAGUGCAACUUUAAAAUGGACUUGAAGAAUCAGAUGAAAGUAGACAUGGAUGUGAAAAAGCCCUACCCGCUGGAGGUGCUCCUGGCGCACCUCAUCAAGAGGAACCUGCUUCCUUGCUCCCGGGUUUGGAUCACCACGCGGCCCGAUAUCCCCUCCGACCUCAUUGACAGCAGGACAGAGGUGAGAGGAUUCAGCGAUUCCAGGAAGCUGGAGUACUUCAGGAAAAAGUUCCCAAAUGAGGAGCGUGUCAUUGAGCACAUCCGAAAAACUCGCACCAUCUUCAUCAUGUGCCACCUGCCCAUCUUCUGCUGGCUCACUGCUACAGUUUUUCAGGAUCAUUUGGACAAAGGGAAGGAGGGAGAGCUUCCCAGAACGCUGACAGACAUGUACUCGGAGUAUGCUUUUAACCAGCUGGACAAGUCCAAGGAGCGACAGACGACAGAGUACGCCGAUUACAUGAAAGCGCUAGCAAAGCUGGCGUUUGACCACACCAUGAGUAAGCAACAGAUCUUUUACGAGGAGGACCUGGCGAAAAGCGGAUUUGAUUACAGCCAAGCUGCAAAACACUCCGGAAUAUUCACUGAGGUGUUUAAGGAGGUCCGUCCGCUUAGAAGAAACCAACAGGGCAAGAUGUUUCAGUUUGUCCAUCUGACCAUCCAGGAGUAUUUUGCCGCAUUCCACAGCAGGCACUGGAGUGUGUCUUCCAAGAAGAAGAAGAAAAAUCAGAAGAAACAGAAUCAGAAGAUGGAGAAAAAGAAUCAGAAGAAGAAACAGAAUCAGACGAUGGAGAAAAAGAAUCUGAAGAAGAUACAGAAGAUGAAGGGGGUUGGAAAAUCAGAGGUUCACCGGUCUGCUCUCCAGAAAGCCUCGGAGAGUGAAGGAAACUUGGACAUAUUCAUCCGCUUCCUCUUUGGCCUUUCCUUGGCGUGCAACCAGAAACUAGUGGGGGAACUGCUGAAAGCUCCUCAGGACUGCAGACGAAGCAAGCCAAAGACUGUCAAGUUGAUCAAGGAGCGGAUAAAACAAAACACUCCACAGAAGAACAUCAACUUGUUCUACUGCUUAAAGGAGCUGAAGGACGACUCUCUGCUGAAGCAGUUUCAGAAGAAAAAUCGUUCCAGACAAUAUCGUACAAACAGCAUGCCAAAUGACAUGUGGUCAGCCUUGGCCUUCUUUUUACUGACACACGACAAAACCAUGAAGUCCUUUGACCUGGGGCGUUAUUCCCCAUUGCCUUUGGGGCUCGAGAAGCUGUUGGUGGUGGUCAAGGCUUCUCAACGAUCAAGUCUACAUGGUUGUAACCUGGACAAAGGCAGCUGUCACCUGCUGGCUUCCGUUCUCAGCUCUCCAUCCAACCUGAAGCAUCUGAAUCUGAGCUACAACAAUCUGUCUGACGAAGGGGUGGCGAUCCUCUCGAAAGGACUGGCCAGCCCAAACUGCAUCUUAGAGUCCCUCAUUUUAAGAAUGUGUGGCCUGGACAAAGACGGCUGUCACCCGCUGGCUUCCAUUCUCAGAUCUCCAGCCAACCUGAGGCAUCUGAAUCUGAGCUGGAACGCUCUGUCAGACAAAGGGGUGGAGAUCCUCUCAAAAGGACUGGCCAGCCCAAACUGCAAAUUGGAGUCCCUCACGCUGACACUUUGCAAGAUCACGGAUAAAGGAUGCGUUUUGUUGGCCGAGGCGCUCAAGUCAAACCCCUCCCAUCUUCAAAACCUAUUGCUGUGGGGUAAUCCAAUAGGUGAAGAAGGAAGGAGGGUCUUAUCGCACGUCCAAGAGGAUCCAAGCUAUCGCCUGCAGACUGUCGGGUAG